AAGCGGAAGUUGAGAAUGUAUUCUUUAGUGUCAUAUCUUGUUUGUUUGUUGCUGUUUCUCCACACGGUUACAAAUGGUAUGGGCCGUUCGUACAUUACCCCAAAAGCAUUCUAAAGAGUUUCUAUCGCUUCAGGUUAUGCCAACACGUGUUUGCAUUGCGUCGCCCAGGGCGAGGAGCGAUUGUGUGACGAUGCGGCCGAGAUUCUGGAGUGCAAUGAAGAGUUGGCGGAGAAGUACCUUAGCUUGUUCAUGCGCGUGAACGAAAAUCUGGACGUCGAGGGUGUCGAUAAAACGCAAUUCAAGUGCUUCAAAUUCUACAUCCUGGGCGAGGAACAGUUCCACCUGAAGGGAUGCACCUACGAGAGUCUGCCGAUCUGUGACAAAUUGACGGACAAUAUGGGUUGCUCCUCCUGUGAGGGCAAAGAUUGCAACGCACAGUACUACGAGAGCUACAUCGACGACGACGACGAUGGACGGGCGGGCACGCAGGUGUCAUCGAUGGGAUUGAUUGCCACUUGUGUGCUGAUUAUCGGUUUAUUUCGUUGUGCCGUAGUGCACUAGACACGCCAGUACAUUGUCGCACGGAGCACGGUUAGCUCGCAGUCACAAAAGCACCUAUAAUGAACAGUACACUCAGCAGCACGCUGGUGGACGAUCGUUGGCUGUAGUUGUUGGUUGAGCUGCUGCUGGUCUGCGAAGAGCAGUUCAAGCUGCCAUUGAAAUCGAUCGUCGGCUGUCGGCAGAUGCUCUUACUACCUGCUGUACAUCCUUGCACGGCAAACGUGUCCACCUGUGAGCCUGAGAAUGGUCGGGAGAGGGCGAA